CAUCCCUAUUUAAACAGCUACCAGGUCACCUAAUUAUAUUCACAGAGAGAGAGAGAGAGAGAGAGGCUAUGGUUUCUAGGAAGCACAAGAGAGCAGCCAUUUACAAGAAGCUGCAAUUGCUUCGUUCCAUCACCAACUCUCGUGGGCACAGUAAAACCUCGAUUAUAUUAGAUGCAUCGAAGUACAUAGAAGAUCUAAAGCGAAAGAUAGAUGUAAUGAAUCAUCAAGAUAUUGCCACGGCAGAGGACACCGACAUCCAAGCUUCGUUGCCUUUGCGGCUUAGAGUGGAAGCCCAAGAAAAGGGUUUUCUGAUUGAGGUGGUGGCUGAAAGGAGUUGUUGUGGGUUGCUUGUUUACAUAUUGGAAGCCUUUGAAGAGCUGGGCCUUGAUGUUCGCCAAGCUAGGGUUUCUUGUUCAGACAGCUUCCAUUUAGAAGCCAUUGCAGACAAAGAUAGCCAUGGACCUGAUGAUGAUGAUCAGAUUGACGCUAAAGUGGUGAAACAAGCGGUUCUGCAAGCUAUUCAAAACUGGAGUGAGAUUAGCGAGCAAAAAUAAUAAAGCGAGAUCUUCUUUAAUUAAUUUGUUGAUCGAUCAGUUUGGGUGGUAGAGAUGAAGUUCUGUAGUGUACGGGGGUUACUCUUUUACAUAUAUAUCAUAUAUAUAUGUAGCUGAUUGCCAAUGAUCCAGAGAAAUCCAAACGUACGGCAGACAUAUAUCUAUGAUAUCGAUCAUGACAACAUGUGAGUGAAAUUGUUUUUUUCACGUGUCAUGAGAUCGAUGCAACAUGCAGCAGGAACAAAUGUUAAAAGGAACUUAAACAAAAGAAAAUAAUGUGGUUAGUUACUCCA